GUGCUGAAAACACGUCAAGUUUUUCUUCCUAAAAAAUUUUCCGGGUGGAUUUUAAUAUUUUUCUGAAUGAGACACGAUAUUUGAAAAAGUCUUUUCUAUCCAACAAAUAGAAAUCGUUUCAGCAAUUAAUUUAAAGUUCAAGUUCUCUCCAUAGAAUCAUCACAAAGUUUAUUCGAAAAUGCACAAACUUCACAUUUUGAUAUUUAAUAUUUUAUUGACAUCAACAAUUGUGAGUUGCAACUUACAACCUAUUAUCAAAGAUAAUUUUGGAACAAAAGAUGAGAAGCUGAAAGCAGAGAAACAACAAAAGUAUCCACCAUGCAAAUCGUGUGCAAUUUUUGUGGAUUCUUUUAAGAAAGGCUUAGAAAAAACACAACGUGGAAAACAUGACGGAGGUGAUGCUCAUUGGGAGGAGCAAAAACUUGGAAGUUACAAGACGAGUGAAGUGAGGCUAGUAGAAAUUCAAGAAAUGUUGUGCACCGACAUUACAAGAGGUGAACAACAGUGCUUAACUAUUGCUGAAGAGCAUGAAAGUGACAUUGAGUACUGGUGGAAACGUCAAGAUGAAUAUCCAGAUUUCUUUGAAUGGUUUUGCAUUGAAACUUUGAAAGUUUGUUGUCAUCCAAAUUAUUUCGGUAAGGAUUGUUUAGAAUGCACAGAUUGUUCAGGAAAUGGUUAUUGCAAAGGAAAUGGAACACGUAAAGGAAAUGGAAAGUGCAAUUGUGAUAAAGGAUAUUCAGGUGAAAAUUGUCAGCAAUGUUCUGAUGGUUUUUAUGAAGCUUUCAAAGAUGAAAGCAAACUUCUGUGCUCACAAUGCCACGUCGCUUGUCAUGAAGGCUGCUCGGGACCAGGGACAAAGAAUUGUGUAAAAUGUAAGUCGGGCUGGUUCAUGAAAGAGAGUGAAGGAUGUUACGACAUCAACGAAUGUGUCGAGCAAAGUGCUUGUCCAGGUGAAAAUCAAUUUUGUGUAAAUAGCGAAGGAUCGUAUCAAUGUCUUGAAUGCGAUAAAUCCUGCAAUGGCUGUGAUGGUGACGGUCCUGAUAUGUGUGUCAAAUGUGCUGAUGGAUAUGAACUGCGGGAUGGAAUGUGUACAGAUCUUACAAACGAGAAACGAGAUCAAUAUGUCACGCUAACACGUUACUGUCUUUACCUCGGUCUCUGCGUGACUGUAUGCAUUAUUUUUCAAAACUCAACAUGGCUUGCCGCAAUCUUUGGCAUCGUCGUUGGAGUUUAUAUCAGUUUAUCGGAAUACUGGUUGAAGACGAAUCCCGUACCAAAAUCACCAUCACAAAAGAUUCUCGAAGCUGCAAUGGGAAUGGAAUAAAAUGAAAGUCGCGACGACUACCGCAAAAAAUAUUUAAUUUUCAAAACAAAUCUUUUUUUUUGUCUGUUUAACCACAUUAACGAUUCGGUAGGAAACCAAUAAUGUUGCUUUUGUCAUAAGUCACGAAUCAAGCAAAUUCAGUCAACUGAUGAUAUUAAAUAUCAACAACAGCAACCUCACAUAAAAUAUUUAAUUAUUGCAGCUACAACUUUUGAAGAAACUUCAUCAGAUGACAAAUUGAAAGACGAAUUAUGAAUUUAAGAAGAACAUUUUACCGUUUGCCAUUAAUUUAUUAAAAAAGAAUUUUUUUAACUUUCUAGAUUCUAAGUCUGAACCAAAAAUUAGAUGAAGCUCAUGUUUUGUAAAAUUAAAUUUCACGAACAUUAAUGAUUAAGUAAAACCGCGUAAUGUUUUAAAUGAGUUUUUGAUUGUCGUCACACAUUUCUAUAUCAUAUUUGCUUCCCUGUAACGCAAAAUAAUAUUUUUUCGGUAAUCACCGUUACGCAAUUAAUCGGUGAAACGUUGCAUCCAUGCCCGCUAUUUAACCGGUUUCGUUUGUUGAUUGCUUACAUUCAAUAAGCAAAUUUAAAUUGUAUGAAUCGAAAAUGACUUCUUCGAACGCAAAGAAAUAAAU